GUUGAUAAUAUAAAAAUGUCUUCCGAUAAUAAUUCAAUACCUUAUUCAAAAAGUGGAGAUAGAGACCAAGAUGAGAAAUUAUUACAACCAUUCAAUUACAUUCUCCAAGUUCCUGGCAAACAAAUAAGAGCUAAAUUAGCUCAUGCUAUGAAUUGCUGGUUAAAAAUUCCAUCGGAAAAAUUGCAAGCUGUUGGAGAUAUUGUACAAAUUCUCCACAACUCAAGUCUGCUUUUAGAUGACAUACAAGAUAACUCGAUAUUGCGUCGAGGUAUUCCAGUAGCUCACUCGAUAUUCGGCGUCCCUAGUACAAUAAAUGCCGCAAAUUACGCAAUCUUCAUAGCACUAGAGCGCGUGCUUGCUCUAGAGCACCCGGAGGCAACAAAAGUUUACACGGAACAACUAUUAGAGCUUCAUCGGGGACAAGGAAUUGAAAUUUACUGGCGUGAUAAUUAUAUUUGUCCAACUGAGGCUGAGUAUCGUCACAUGACUAUGAGAAAAACUGGAGGAUUAUUUAAUUUAGCGAUACGAUUAAUGCAAUUAUUUUCCGAUUGCAAAGAAGAUUUUUCGAUGCUCACUGGAAUAUUAGGACUCUAUUUUCAAAUAAGAGAUGAUUACUGUAAUUUGUCAAUGCGCGAGUACUCGGAUAAUAAAAGUUUCUGUGAAGAUUUAUCGGAAGGUAAAUUCAGUUUUCCAAUUAUUCAUGCAAUUCAAACUUAUCCGGAAGACCCGCAAGUAUUGAACAUCUUGCGUAAGAGAACAACGGACAUUGAGGUUAAGAAGUACUGCGUGACUUUGCUAGAGAAGUUCGGCUCGUUCGCUUACACAAGGACAGUUCUGGAGGAUCUGGACAAAAAAGCGCGGGACGAAGUCGAGAGACUGGGUGGCAAUCCGCUGUUUAUUGAGUUUCUAGAUAAAUUAAGUUGCUGGCCAAAGAAUCCAAUGUCGCUUGAUAAUGAAAUGCAGAAUCUCAGCGUUUCGGAUUAAACUUACAGCAGAUUGUUGUGGCUAAUAAUGAAUACUUAUUAAUUAUUGUGAACUUAAGUAUGAUAGUUGGUAUUUAUUUAUUAUUAACGAUUAAAAUUUGAGACAAUACUAAAUAAUGGCUUUAAUACGCUUUUCUAACUCUUAUCUGAAGUCUUUUGAUAUUUUAUACUUUGUAAGUAACAUCGUAUAUUAUAUGAUCAGAUAGAAUUAUAUCUGUUUAUGAUCAUGUAUAUUAGGGUGAGCCAAAAAAACCAACCUAUCGAAUUUACGUCUUAAAAAGGACCUAUAUAUCGAGAAAAAAAUUCUCCCAUUGGGCAAAAUUUUUAGCUCAAUUUUAAAAGGUGUCGGUGAUCAUUUGAAAUUUCCCAUUUAAAUAACAUGCAAAAAAAUUUUGCUUUAUUAAAAAUAUUAUAACUUUUGAACCAUGUGAGUCAAAAAUUCGGCUCUAGAAUAUUCUUGUAGGGCACUAAAUUUCUUAAAAGAAAGUCCUGGGAGUCGAAUUUGUAAACUCGAUAUUUCGUAUACUAACAGGCUAUCAAAGUCUAGAGUAAACAAAAUCAUACAAAUUUAAGGUUUUAUUUGGAUUUUCCAAAUACUUUUCUUUUAUUGUGAUCGAUAACAAAAUAUUAUUUGUUACAACGUGGAUAUUGUUGGUGAUUUCAUUGCACUACAUGUAGAACAAAUUUUCUCGUAGUAUUGAUAUUUUUAAUAUCAAAGCCUUAAAUUUGUAUGAUUCUGUUUACUCUAGACUUUGAUGGCCUGUUAGCAUACGAAAUAUCAAGUUUACAAAUUCGACUCCCAGGACUUUUUUUUUUUAAAUUUAAUGCCAUACAAGAAUAUUCUAGAGCCGAAUUUUUAUCUCACACGGUUCAAAAGUUAUAAUAUUUUUAAUAAAACAAAAUUUUUUUGCAUGUUAUUUAAAUGGGAAAUUUCAAAUGGCUACCGACACCUUUUAAAAUUGAGCUAAAAAUUUUGCCCAAUGGGAGAAUUUUUUCAUCGAUAUAUAGGUCCUUUUUAAGACGUAAAUUCGAUAGGUUGGUUUUUUUGGCUCACCCUAAUGUAUACACAUGUCUGAUCAUAUAUGAGUAUGAAAAUUCAGCUAACCUGGGACAAAAUAUUCAGAUAUAAUCAUAUAUUUAUUUGAAUGUGAUCACAUCCAAAUAUAUAUGAUCAUAUCUAAUAUCAUAUAUGGGCCCAUGUAUGAUCAGGUGCUGUCUUUAUGAGUCUGAUAUCAUAUAUUAGUGUCCAUAUAUAAUCAGGUAAGGCAAUUGUUCGUAUAUGAUUAUAUAUGACUGACCACAUAUGGUAUUAUAUGAUCGGAUACGGUCAUUGUUCAUCUGAUAUCAUAUAUGUGGCCAUGUAUGAUCAGAUGCUGUCUUUGUUAGACUGAUAUCAUAUAUAAGUGAAGAUAUAUGAUCAGAUAAAGCAACUUUUCGUAUCCGAUUAUAUUUGACUGACUAUAUAUGGUCAUAUAUGAUCGAAUACGGUCAUUGUUCGUCUGAUAUUAUAUAUUAGUGUUCAUAUAUGAUCAGGUAAGGCAAUUGUUUGUAUCUGAUUAUAUAUGACUGAUAAGUUAUCAGUCAUAUAUAUGUUAUCAGUGAUAACAUAUGGUCAUAUAUGAUCGGAUACGGUCAUUGUUCAUCUGAUAUCAUAUACGUGGCCACAUAUCAGAUGCUGUCUUUGUUAGUCUGAUAUUAUAUGUUAGUGUUCAUAUAUGAUCAGGUAAGGCAAUUGUUUGUAUCUGAUUAUAUAUGACUGAUCACAUAUGGUCAUAUAUGAUCGAAUACGGUCAUUGUUAGUCUGAUAUCAUAUAUUAAUGUUCAUAUAUGAUUAGGUAAGUCAAUUGUUUGUAUCUGAUUAUAUAUGACUGAUCACAUAUGGUCAUAUAUGAUCGAAUACGGUCAUUGUUAGUCUGAUAUCAUAUAUUAAUGUUCACAUAUGAUUAGGUAAGUCAAUUGUUUGUAUCUGAUUAUAUAUGACUGAUCACAUAUGGUCAUAUAUGAUCAGAUAGAGUUACUGUUCGUCAUUAAUCGUAUAUAAGUGCUCAUAUAUUGUCAUAUAUGAUCAGAUAAAGUCAUUGUUUGUAUCUGAUCAGAUUAACAUAUCCAUAUAUGAUCAUAUCUGAUCAUUUUCAGUAAAAAAAUGAAAUAAAUCAAUAAAAAAGUAUUCAUAUCUUUAAAUAAUUAAUUAAUUAUCAAUGAAAAAUUAAUUUUGAAUAAUUAAUGAUGCUCAAUUAAUUAUUAUUAAUGAUAAUAAAUGUAGACUUCAGUAUGAAAUUAAGUAACAAAUCGGCAAAAGUGACUUUAAUUAAAUAAAUUAAUCACUUGGACGUAUAUAAUUAUAAAUUAUUAAAUUUAAUUAAUUAAUAUUAUAUCUGAUGUUACUUGAGUAAGUACUCAAGGUAAUAACUUAAUUAAAUUACUUUAGUCUUUAAAUAACAAUAGGUCCAAUUUACCCAAUGGAAGGGUUUAAAACUAAAGGUAGUCGUAAUUAAAUUACCAAAUAAAUUAAAAACACGAGUCAUGUCUUAAUAUUAUUUCUUUAUUAACUACAUUUACAUUUAUAAUUAAUUAGUAAUUACAAUUACAUACACUUUAAAUAAUUUAAUAUAUAAAAUAUAUAAUAACAAUAAUAAUAAUUAUAAUUAUAUUUAUUAUAAUAGUAAUUAAAAUUUUAUAGCGACUUUACAU